AUGACAGCAUCAACCGAUAACGAAGCACGUAUUGCUUUAUUUCAAUCCAUCGGUCUCAAUGAGCAAAAAGCUCGUGAAACAUUAAAAAAUCAAGAAGUUACUCGUUUACUUGAAACAACAAUACAUGAAGCAAAAAAUCUUUUACCAAAAGAAAAUCAAAUAUCAAAAUCUAUUGGUAAUCUUCUUUAUGCACUUUCAACAAGAAGUAAACAACAGAUACAUAGUUUUCAUCGAUAUUUAAUUAAAUAUAUUUGUGAUGAAAAAAUCAAAAAUGAACUACAAUUAUUAGCGGCUAUUGAUUAUCUUCUAGCACAUCCUACUGAACCAGUUGAUCAAAAAGCUUUAGAAGAAAGUGCUGGUAUAGGAAUAAAUGUUACGCCAGAAGAAAUUGAGCGUAUUAUCGAAGAAGUUAUUGCUCAAAAUAAAACAAAAUUAAUGGAACAACGAUAUGAAUUUCCAACUGGUACUCUAUUAGGUGAAGUUCGAAAACGUUUAAAGUGGGCCGAUGGUAAAGCAGUUAAAGCUGAAAUGGAUGUUCAAUUAUUAGAUCUUCUUGGUCCAAAUGAUCGUUCAGCAAAAAGUACAACAGAAAAAACUAAGACUACAACAUCAACUACUGAAAAAGUUAAACCAACUACAACUGCGAAUAAUGAUGUUCAAGAUAAUGGUAAAAUACGUUCAUUUGCUGAUUUAGCUGGUGAAGCUCUAAAUUUUCAUAAGCCAGGUGAAAAUUAUAAAACUGAAGGUUAUGUAAUGACCCCAAAGACAAUGGAUCUUAUGAAAGAACAUUUAAAAACAACUGGUGGACAAGUUGUGACACGAUUUCCACCAGAACCAAAUGGAAUUUUACAUAUUGGUCAUGCAAAAGCAAUUAAUUUUAACUUUGGUUACGCUAAACAUAAUAAUGGUAUUUGUUAUUUACGAUAUGAUGAUACAAAUCCUGAAAAGGAAGAAGAAAAAUUUUUUACUGGUAUUCUUGAUAUUGUUAAAUGGCUUGGUUAUGAACCAUAUAAAAUUACACAUGCAUCUGAUCAAUUUGAUCAAUUAUAUGAAUGGGCUAAACAAUUGAUUCGUCGUAAUCUUGCGUAUAUCUGUCAUCAAAAAGGUGAUGAAUUAAAAGGACAUAAUGUUGCUGAAUCACCAUGGAGAAAUCGACCUAUUGAAGAAUCUUUACAGUUAUUUGAAGAUAUGAAAAAUGGAAAAUUUGCUGAAGGUGAAGCUACAUUACGUAUGAAAUGUGUUAUGGAAGAUGGUAAACUUGAUCCAGUUGCUUAUCGAAUUAAAUAUGCUCAUCAUGCUAAAUCAGGCGAUAAAUGGUGUAUUUAUCCAACAUAUGAUUAUACACAUUGUUUGAAUGAUUCUAUUGAAAAUAUUAGUCAUUCAUUAUGUACGAAAGAAUUUCAAGCUAGACGUUCUUCAUACUAUUGGUUAUGUAAUGCUCUUGAUGUUUAUUGUCCAGUACAAUGGGAAUAUGGUCGUCUUAAUCUUCAAUAUACAGUUACAUCAAAAAGAAAAAUCCAAAAAUUAAUUGUAGAAGGAGUUGUUAACGAUUGGGAUGAUCCACGUUUAUAUACAUUAACUGCUUUGAGACGAAGAGGUUUCCCACCAGAAGCAAUUAAUUUAUUUUGUGCACGUAUUGGUGUAACAAUGUCACAAACUGUUCUUCAUCCAGAUAUGCUAGAUGCAUGUGUACGUGAAGUACUCAAUGUUACUGCACCUCGAGUCAUGGCUGUUAUAGAACCAUUGAAAGUGACAAUUACAAAUUUUCCAAAUGGAAAUGCUAUAGAAUUAACUGUACCGAAUUUUCCAGCUGAUGAAUCUCGUGGAUCACAUACAAUUAAAUUUGAUUCAGUAAUUUAUAUUGAAAAAUCAGAUUUUACUGAGAAACCUGCUAAAGAUUAUAAACGUUUAGCACCUAAUCAACCUUGUGGAUUACGUCAUGCUGGUUAUAUCAUUACUGUUCAAGAAGUUAUCCGAGAUUCAAAUAAUGAACCAGUUGAAUUGAAAGUAACAUGUCAAAAAGCAACUGAUGAAGGUAUUUCAAAACCAAAAGGAUUUAUUCAUUGGGUAUCACAUGCCAAUAAAUGUGAAAUUCGUACCUAUGAUCGACUUUUCAAUCAUCCAAAUCCCGAUGACCCUAAAGAAGUUCCCGGCGGUUUUCUUACGGAUAUAAAUACAAAUUCUUUAACAAUUAAUACUAAUGCUCUUGUUGAUGAUGGUGUUAAAAAUGCAAAAGCAUUUGAUAAAUUUCAAUUUGAACGUGUUGGAUUCUUUAGUGUUGAUCCAGAUUCAACAGAUAAUCAUUAUGUAUUCAAUCGAACAGUAACAUUGAAAGAAGAUAAACGAUCAUCAUAA